GACCACCCUUGGGGAAGUUCUCCAAUAUGUCAAAGGUGUGCUAAACAUCCCAGGCAUUCUUCGCGCCAAGAACUUUCCUGAGCUCAUUGAAAACUUCGUGAGGACUUCCCUAACGUUCGGUUUCUCCUCCGUAAUGAACAUCUACUUGGUCAACGUGUCCGAUCAGAGCGUAAUCGUUCAUAUCUCGGCCGGCAAAAGUCUCACAUCGAAGCUGGCCUACUCCGACGAAUCCCACCUCGAACACACUCUGACGCAAAUUUUAAGUAGUUCGUCAGUAUCCAACGACGCGAACGAGACUGUAGCGAAUCUUGUGAACCUCGACGCCGAAAUAGCCCAACUGCUGCGCGAGCGGCACGCCCGUGACGACACGCAAGAUUUGCAAACAUUCCUGGAUGGUCUCGUGCCAGGCGUGAAGGUGGACACCUGGCUAUCUGCCAUGAACACCGUGUUGCCGUCCAAACGCCAUUUAAGCGCCAACGACAUUGUGGUCGGCAGAGGCGUAGAUUCUGUCAGGCGGUGCUUCGAGACGCUUGUCAUGUCUGGCCUGCAAAUGGCCGCCAUGUACUUGGCAGUGAGCUUACAGGCCGAGGUGGCAGCCAUAGAGAUGCAGAAGCACCUUGCGGCAGAGAGCAAGCAUCAUACCAUUCGCUUCUGCCUUGGUCUGUCCCAGCGAGCGGUCGCGGUCACGUGGCACCGUAUCGUGACGGAGCUGGCCGCAGUAGCCGAAGCGGACGACGCGUUGGUACACGACAUGUUCCACGCCCUGCAGCGGACGUCGGACGAUGCCUCCGUAUUCUCCUGGCUUCGCCGGAAGAGUCGGCUGGCGGCCACGAAGGUUGUCCACGAGACGUCGCUCACGACCAGCUAUUACGGGCGAGCCGGCGCUGAAGAGCCAGCGGCCGCCUACGGCUCUUACGCGCCCACUUUUGGAGAUCCGCGCCACUUUGUCGUCGAUUACAUGGAAGCGCUGAAGGAAGGCCAAGAGGUGCGCUUCGGCGCUCCGCCCACCUGGACUGAGUUAGCGCUCUCGACACUCGACCCUUUGGGGGACGUCGUCUACGAUCCGUUGCUGAAGCUGGUGGCGCUACCUGCGGUCUUUCUCACCGAACCUCUCCUGUACGCGACGGGUGUGCCAAUGUACUACAACUACGGCAUCGUAGGCGCAUUGCUGGCUUCGCAGCUGGCCACGGCCGUAGAGCAUUCUGGCGCGAUCGAAGUGGACGCCCAAGGGCGACCAGUGCCCGGAAGACUGCGCCAGCGUAACGUGACCCUGACCUGCCUCCGUCGCCUCCACGAGAGGCUAGGAUUCGCGAAGAACGUCUCCGGGUCGACCCAAGAGCAGGAUGACGCCAUGUUUGCGUUGGCACAGGGCGUCGUGCUGGCUCACGCCGGAUUGGCGGCGAACUUGCAAGCGUCGGCCCCGAACCGGGAGACGUACGAUUCCCUGUGGCCCGAGGCUCAGACCACGUUCUUCCUGCGCUUCUGCCUGUGGUCGUGCAGCGCGAGCCAGCAACCGUCUCCGCUCACCCCGAUGGAGCGGUGCCUGUUGCCCAUGCACAACAUGCCGGCCUUCGCCGACACUUUCGGAUGCAGCAAAAGGAGCGAUUUUGUCAUGGGCGACUGUCGCAUGUAGUAUUGUCGCGUUCUUUUUCUCCUUUUCUUUUGUAAUCUUGACCGCUAGACGUAACCGGCGUUGCGUGAUCUUAUGUGUCCGAUCGUUGCGUGACGCAUAUCUUUCCAAUGACAAAGACACCUGAUGACAUGUAAAAGAAGAUUCCGCCUGUUUAGACGUUAUAAAAUGCAUCUCUUAUAUUUAUACUGUAUUGCAUUGACACAGAGGUUAUAAUAUGCCCAACGUAAAAUUCGCACUUUGUAUGCGUGAAUUGUGUGCUUGCAUGUUGCAUACCUUCAAAUUAUGAUUUAUUGUUAGAUGAUCAUUACUAUGGGUUACUAUGUGUUACUAUGCGGAAAUGUUACUUUGAAAACAAAACUAGUAAUGAGCAGUAACAUAGUAAUUAUAUUCCCGUGGAUUCAAGUGUUUCUCAGCGUUACUUAGAAUGACGUUCUCUAUGCACGAGAUUGUGUAAUAACAACACUAGUAAUAAUAAUUUGAUUGUUCCUCAUAUGAUGGUGGA